AUGGUGUCUUACAAUUACCUUUUUAAAACCAUUAUCGUCGGCGACAGUGGCGUGGGCAAGUCAUGCUUUCUUCUUCAAUUUAUUGACAAGCGCUUUGAACAGACCCAUGACGUGACGGUCGGCAUCGGUUUCGAAGCUCGGAUGAUUACGAUCAAUAACAAGCUGAUCAAAUUAUAUAUAUGGGACACUGCCGGUCAAGAAAGAUUCAGGUCUGUUACUAGGUCUUUCUACAGAGAAGCCGUAGCUGCAUUACUUGUGUAUGAUACAACUCGGAAGGAGACCUUUAAACAGUUGGCUUUAUGGUUGAAAGAGUUAAGGGAACAUGCUGACUCAGAUGUGACAAUUGUGUUGGUCGGAAAUAAGUGUGAUCUUAAUGGGAAAAGAGAAGUGAGUACCGAAGAAGGCGAACAAUUUGCUAAAGAGAAUGGGCUGAUCUUCUUGGAAGCUUCAGCGGAAAUGGGUCUAAAUGUUAAGGAGGCGUUUGAAGAAGCAGCGAAGAGUGUGUGCAAGAAGGUUGAAGAUGGAGUUUUUGAUUUGAAUAAUGAGCAUCGUGGGAUAAAAGUAGGAAGAUACAGUGGGAAUGUUGAUGGACGAUCUGGUUCCUCUUCUAAGGCUAAAUGCCCUUUUUGUUUCUUUUGA